UAUGUGUAUAUCAACCAGUGUGACAGUAGUAAGUAAUGCUGGGACCUAACCUUUGUAUUAGUUUUAGCUGUGAACAUUUUGAAAUAGUGUGAACACGUGGGCUAUUGAUAAGGAUCUCAAAUUCACACUCAGGGCAGUACAGGAAACAACAUCUGCAUAUUUUCUUUCUGUGUCACUGUUCAUAGCAGACUGUUGAAGUUGGUUCAUGGUUGUGAAUUGGAUCAAUUUGUUUCCUAAACAUUAUAGACAAAGAGGGAAAAAAGGAGCCGUGAGGUGCAGCCACUGAUUACCUGACGGGGAAAGGCAUCACUGAAAUCCCACCAUGACAGAUACUGAAAUACUGCAUAAUGGAACCACUGCCACCACAGACUAUGACUAUUCCGGCUACUACGACAACACCGAGGACAACGCCCCGAGCUCUUUUCAUUGCAUGGCAUUGGACUUAAAGGAAUUUGGGAGUGUGUUUCUGCCCACACUGUACAGUUUGGUUUUCAUUGUGGGAUUUCUAGGUAAUGGUUUAGUGGUGUGUGUCGUGGUGAAACACCGCAACAGUACCACCUUGACAGACAUCUGCCUUUUCAACCUGGCUCUGUCCGACCUCGUCUUCGUGCUCACGCUGCCUUUCUACGCUCACUUCACCAGGGUCAACCACUGGCCUUUCGGGGAAUUCAUGUGCCGUUUCAUCUCAACCUGCUACCACGCAGGCUACUUCAGCAGUGUCUUCUUCAUGGUGGCCAUGACGCUGGACCGCUACGUGGUCAUCAUGCAUGCUCACAGGGUGGCAGCUUAUCGCACGCUGAGGGCAGGCGUUGUUCUCAGCACGUCCAUCUGGCUGCUGAGCCUGUGUGUCUCUCUACCAGCCUUUAUCUUCUCAGAGGUCAAAGAUUAUGGUAAUUGCUCACUUUGUACCGAAGACAAGGAAAACAAUGCCUGGGAAGCUUACAACAUCUUUGCGACGAAUAUACUGGGUCUCGUGAUUCCCAUGUUGGUGAUGGUAGUUUGCUACUCAAGGAUUAUCCCUACACUGGUAAAGAUGAAGAGUGCGAGGAGGCACCGCGCCGUGAAGCUGAUCAUCUCUCUAGUGGCUGUGUUUUUCUUCCUCUGGGUCCCAUUUAACAUUUGCAGUUUCUUGCACUUUCUGCGUUUGAAACCUACAUUGUCGAACGAAUGCAAAUUUAACAACAAUUUAAGGCUGUCAAUUAUAGUGACCGAGACCCUUGCUUACACUCACUGCUGCCUGAAUCCCAUCAUAUACGCCUUUGUUGGACAGAAAUUUAUGAAACGAGCCUUGCAGCUGCUGGGGAAGUGGGUUCCUGGGAUUCGUUCUGGCUCCAGCAGAGAUUUGUCUGAUAGUACAUUCAGGAAAAGCUCUGUCAUGUCCAGGUCCUCGGAUUUAUCCCACACUGUUGUCAUUUAGCAGGUGGAGGGCAGAUGUGAUACAGUUUAUGGACACCAUAAACCUCCAAGGAGCUGAUGUGUUCACCCCUGUCCAUUUCUUUGAUGGUUUGUUUGUAAGCUGUAAGAUUAAAUUUAGGUGCAGAUCCAGAAUUUUUAAUUUGUAAUUUCUUUAACCUUGUGAGAUUGGUCAUUUUUCAACAUUUCAUAGAUGUGGCACAGUUAGGGGACUGAUAUCUAUGAGCUUGUGAAAAUGUGGUCAGCUUGAUGGGAUUUAAGGGGACUGCUUGGCCAUACUAGUUUGUUUUGUUUCAUCCAGGCUCCCUCAAUUGUCUAUCCAGGAUUUUUUUUAUUCAAAAACGUGUAAACUAUUACAGCUGCCUGUACCUGUAAAUAUAGAAUGUAGACCUUUUUUAUGCCAUUUUUUUUAAAUAAAUGUUUGCACUGUUAUAUAUUGUAUUGUUUAGAAAAUAAGAUUUUAGCUGACAGGCCAGUCAGUUUUAAAAGAGUUCUGUAGAGAGCUAAAUCAGUUAAAGACAGUUAUGCAGAUAUAGUCCAAAAUUUAACUGCACUCCAAACUUGACCACUUGACAGAGAAUGCCGUUUAACCACAAUAUUUUUGUUUCUCUGUGGCCGAUGUGUUCGGGACACUUUUUUGGUCCUUUUUACACUUUUUUAUGAAGUCUGCAAAUUGGCGAAAUUUUUUUCAUAAUGAAACGCUGACAAUUGUAAAAAAGCAAGUCUCUUUUGUAACGUGUGUUUUUUUUAUUCAACUGUUUAACGAUGACUAAAAGUUGAAACUAACAGUGGGUUGUUUUGCAUGUAAUAAAAAAAAGGUUGUGGCUUGUUAUAGAUCUGAAAGUGUCGAUGAGUAAGAAAACUUGUAAUUUUACAUAUUAUUUUCAGUAUUAUAUUAUAGAAGUGUUUUAAUCCAUGAGUACAUACUCUUUUUUUUAUCAGUUAAUUUUAGUCAUGUUUUUUGCAUUAAAUUCUGCUUAAUGCCCAAUUGCUUGCAUUGAUAGUUAAAUUGUGUUGUUUUGUUUUGCAAAUGAGAUUAUUAAAAGUUUACUUCAUGACA